CACCACUAUCACGUGACUUUUGUUUUGCUGCGUCACUUCCUGCGCGGCAGAUCCUGAAGUUUUUAGCUGUCCUCUCCGUUAGCAACCAUUUACGGUCUUGGAGUUGCCUGCACGCAUGUAUAAACUUGUUUAAAACCCUACGAACAAAAUCUGUUUUUAGAUUAACUCUUAAAAAAACUAAAUUCGACUGUAUUUUCCAUGCCCUCGUCGUUUUUAAACACAAUCGUUGGCUAGCUUUAUAAAAAUCUAGCAUUAGCGGAGUCUGUUUCUGAGCGUAAAAGCGCCUAAACUCAUGCAUCUUCAUGGACUGCAGUUUUCCAAUAACCUCAUCUUGGUUCUGGGAGUGUCAAGCCGUCAUCUGAAUUAGCUCCAGCAGCCGCACAGCAGCCAAGUCCCUCAACAUGUCCAAUCAGCUGACUGCUGAGCAGCAGCGAAAGAUCGAGGAGAACAGACGGAAAGCUUUGGAGCGGAGAGCAGAAAGACUCGGACAAACUGUCAGCAACAGUAAGCAGUCUCCGGCAGGCUCCAGCACCGUCCUGGGACAAGCACAGCCCAAAACAGUAAGUGCUCCCUUCAAACCUGCUGGACCUGGUAACCCCAGUAGAGCUCUUGCUCCCAAACAGUUUGCUCCUUUCCAAAAGAACUUGAGCAACCAGAUCUCAAGUUCAGGUAUUCAAGGCACCCAUGGCUCAUCAAAACAGGUACAAGUCCCCAAUCCAGUUUCUCAAACAAACCAACACGUGAAGAACUUCCUGCCUGCUGGAGGACAACUCAAUCCCAAGACAACAAAGUCCCCCUCCUGCAACUCUGGGGGUGCAGUCGGGUCCUUCUACAAUCAAGUCAGCAAACCUGCACAAGUUCCCCCAUCAAAGUCCACCCCCUCCAACCCUGUCCCUGUAAAAAAGCCUGCCGUCUCUGUCAGAGGGAAAUGCGUUCUUCAUUCAGAGAAUAGCUUCCGAGUGGAAGUGGGCUACCAUGCAGAGCUUAUAGCUGUUUUUAAAUCCAUGCCAUCAAAGAAUUAUGAUCCAAGUACAAAAACAUGGAACUUUUGUCUGGAUGACUACAGACAGCUAAUGGAGGAAGCGGCGGCCAUUCCCUCCGUGUCUUUGAGGCCUCUGGAGGGAAUGGAGGCAGUCAACAGUGGAGCUGUCCGACCUCGUGACGGUGCGGCGCUAACAGCGCUUCUGAAACUGUGCAGUGGUUGGCAGAAACCUGGAGCUACUAUAAAAGGACAAUGCGUCCUGGUGUCUCGGACAAAGUUUGAGGUUGACAUCCUUUACCAUGUCGACGUCAUCGCAGCAUUUAAGCAAAUGCCUACAAAAAGCUACGACAUGAACACUAGAAAGUGGAGCUUCUCACUCACAGAUUAUGGAGGACUCAUGGAUCUCAUCAGUGGGAUAGCAGCCGUGGAGGUGGAGCCUCUACCCAGGGCAAUAAUCCAAGCCUUUGCUGCCAGGUUUGAUGGGAGUGAAGCCAGGCCUUCAGACAUUCCUGAGGCAGACCUCUCCAGCAUCGACCCUGCACUCACCUCCAGCCUCAUGCCCUUCCAGAGGGAAGGAGUCAACUUUGCAGUGGCCAAACAAGGCCGGCUCCUUCUGGCUGAUGACAUGGGCCUGGGGAAGACGGUGCAGGCCAUCUGCAUAGCUGCAUACUACAGGAAUGAGUGGCCUUUGUUAGUGGUGGCUCCAUCCUCUGUGCGAUUCACCUGGGCUGAGGCCUUCAGACGCUGGCUCCCCUCUCUAAGCCCCGACUGCAUCAAUGUGGUGGUGAAGGCCAAAGACCGUCUGCGGUCCGGUUUGGUCAACAUCACCAGCUAUGAUCUGCUGAGCAGGAUGGACAAACAGCACCCAGGUCAGCCGUUCAAUGUUCUCAUCAUGGAUGAAUGUCACUUUCUGAAAAACAUGAAGACCGCUCGCUGUAAAGCGGCGUUGCCUCUGCUGAAGGCUGCUAAGAGAGUCAUCCUUCUGUCUGGUACCCCAGCGAUGUCCAGACCCUGUGAACUCUACACCCAGAUUCUGGCUGUCAGACCGACUCUCUUCCCUCGCUUCCAUGAGUUUGGCUUACGAUAUUGUGAUGCCAGAGAGAAAACCUGGGGCUGGGAUUACUCUGGCUCGUCAAACCUCGGAGAGUUGAAGCUGCUGCUGGAGGAUUGUUUGAUGCUGCGCCGCCUCAAGUCCGAGGUCCUUUCCCAGCUGCCCUCCAAACAGCGGAAGGUGGUCACGGUCACCAUAGACGGGGUCAACGCCCGGAUAAAAGCUGCCCUCUCAGCUGCUGCUACAGAGCUGACCAGGAACCAUCGCAGCAAAAUAGAGGAGAAGGAAGCGCUCCUCGCCUUCUACAACCACACAGCUGAAGCCAAGCUGCAAGCCAUUAUGGAGUACAUCACUGACAUGCUGGAGAGUGGGAGGGAGAAGUUUCUGGUCUUUGCUCAUCAUAAAUUAGUCCUGGAUCACAUCACCUGUGAACUGGAUAAAAAGAGCAUCAGCUUCAUCCGUAUCGACGGUUCGACUCCGUCAGCGGAACGACAGCAGCUGUGUGAAAAGUUCCAGUACUCGGCCAAGACAUAUGUGGCCGUACUGUCCAUCACUGCAGCCAACAUGGGAAUCACCCUGCACACCGCCGACCUGGUGAUCUUUGCAGAGCUCUUCUGGAACCCCGGGGUUCUCAUUCAGGCAGAGGACAGGGUUCAUCGGAUCGGACAAACAAGCAACGUGAACAUUCAUUACCUGGUUGCCAAAGGAACUGCUGAUGAUCAUCUGUGGCCGAUGAUCCAAGCGAAGAUGAACGUUCUGGAGAAAGUGGGCUUGUCGGAGUCAAACCUCUCAGACAAUGCGCAAAACUCCAGCUUCCAUUCGAAGGAGGCUGGAUUUGUCCAGGAUGGGAACACCAUCCUCGAGAUGUUCCAGAGGUCAUUUUCUGCAGAUGAGGACAUGGACGAAGCCGUCCUGCUGCAGGCUGCAAACGACUGGGAAGACCCUCCUGAAGACAUGGCGGAUCAACACGGCGGCACAUCUGCCGUCAAUCCGGGCCGCGGUCAAAAGAGCCUCAAAGAAUAUUUUAGUAGAUGACUACAAACAGUUGAAUUAAGAACUCAAGGUCAUUUUAUUCUGGAUAAGAUUGAACGUUUUCAGCCUAUCAUGACUGAAUCGGUACUGGAAUGAUCUUUAUUUGGUUUUAAAAAUUUCCUUUUAGGGUCAUACCAAAACCUAUAUGUGUGUUUAUUUUUUUGAUAAAUAAAAGUGAAUUUAAAGCUAA